AUGCAGGGCGGUUUCGAGGGGGACCGGACCGCGAACGGCGGCCCGCUCCCACCCGGGGCUGCCCCGUUCGUACCAGACCGCGUCACGCGCAUGACGCGCCCGGCGGGGCGGCCCACGAAGGACGCCAUCACCAUCGAGACCGUCCCCACGAGCACGCUCCGGCGCCCGAAAUCCAACUCGAGCCUCACGUCCAAGCUGGCACGCGGAGCCAGCGGCAGCGCCACCCCGACGACGCCAGCUGACGCGAGCACGGACCCCGCCCGCGUGCGCUUCGGCAACUGCGACGACGACGACGACGACGACGACGACUCCCCCGUCGUCGGCCCAGCGAAGCGCCGCGGCGGGGGCGCGGGAGGCUUGCGCCUGAACGCCAGUGCUGCGCCGUGGGUGCCGCCGGGGCUCCACGGCCCGCUGCCGGAGCCGGAAACCGCGGAGGAGUACCGCGCGCACCAGCGGCAGCGGAAGAAGGCGCACCCGGCGCCCGCGCGCGUGGCGGUGGUUGCGCCGGCGGUCGUACACCCCCCCGGGGGAGUGGCUGCGCGGGCGCUGGACGUGGAGGACGGGAUGCCGCUCGCGAUCACGCCGGGGGCGCGACGCGCGCCCGUGGGCACGUCGUCCGCGCAGGUCGUGCUGGACGCCGGGAUGCCGCGGCCAGAGGCGUCGCGCGGCCCGUCCGCGAUCUCCUCCUCCCCGGGCGUCGCGUCCCAGCACACGCACGGCGACGUCGCGCUCGGAUUUGACGACGUCUUCCACCCGCCGUCGGUGCGCGCCUCACUCGAGCAGCGCGUCCCGUCGGCGUCCUCCCAGGCCGGGAGCGUCAGCGGGCACACCGUGCGCUCCGUGGGCGCGCCGGCGUCCCUCCCGGGGUCCGCGGCGCAGUCGCCCGCGAAGCGCGCGCCCGUGGCGGCGCUGGGGCGCCGCGGCAGCGGCAGCGGGCCGGCAGCAGCGACGGUCGCGGCGGCCGCCGCGCUCGGGCUCCCGGCGGACGCGCCCGAGGCCGAGGCGGCCGCUGCGGCGGCGGUCGCGCUGCCGCCCGUCGACGAGAUGGCGCCGAUUCGCACCGACGCAGUGCUGCUGUCGUCGCCCGGGAGCUCGGCGCGGCAGACCGGCGAGGGGCUGGCAGGGCGCGUCGAGGCCGUGGCUGCGUCGGCCGUGGCGACCGCCGCGGCUGCGCGCGCGGAGGCGGCGGAGGCGGACGCGAAAGCGGCGGCGGCGCUCGCGGCCGUGCAGGCGCUCCGUGAGGGCGCGGCCGGGGCCGACGACGCCGCGCAGGACGUGGAGGACGCGCAGGACGGGCCGUCGCCGGGGCGGCCGCCGCGGGCCCCGCCGACGCGGCUCGGUUUGGAGGAUUUUGACAUUUUGUGCGUUUUGGGGCAGGGGGCGUUCGGGAAGGUGUUUCAGGUGCGGCGCGUGGACACGGGGCGCGUGUACGCGAUGAAGGUGAUGCGGAAGCGCGAGGUGCUCCGGAAGGACCACGCGGACUACAUCACGGGCGAGCGCAACAUCCUGACCACAGUGCACCAUCGGUUCAUCGUCACGCUCAGGUACUCGUUCCAAACGCCGACGAAGCUGUACCUGGUGAUGGACUUCGUCAACGGCGGCCACCUGUUCUUCCAGCUGCACAAAAUGGGGGUGUUCGAGGAGGACCUCGCGCGGCUGUUCACCGCCGAGCUCGUCCUCGCGCUCGGGAAGCUUCACGACCUCGGCAUCGUGCACCGGGACCUCAAGCCCGAGAACAUUCUACUGGACUCCACGGGGCACAUCAAGCUCACGGACUUCGGCCUCGCGAAGACGCUCCAGACGGGCGAGCGCAGCAACUCCUUCAUCGGCACGCUCGAGUACAUGGCUCCCGAGGUGGUUACGGGCCGCCCGCACUCGAAGGAAGUCGACUGGUGGUCCGUCGGCAUCCUGCUCUACGAGAUGCUCGUCGGCCUGCCGCCGUUCCGCGCCGCGGACCGCCACAAGCUCAAGGCGCAGAUCACUCACGCCAAGGUCAACUUUCCUAAGUUCCUUACCAAGCACGCCGUGUCCUUGCUGCGCGCGCUGCUGAACCGCAACGCGCAGCACCGCCUCGGCGCCGGCGAGGGCGGCACGGCCGCGGUGAUGGCGCACCCGUUCUUCGCGGGCGUCGACUGGGCGCGGCUGGAGGCCGGGCAGGUCAAGUCGCCCUUCACGCCGUCGCUGUCCAACUCGCACUCGGUCGAGAACUUCGGCCACGAGUGGACGACGCUGCCGGCCGUGGACUCCCCCGACGACACGCCCGUGGGGUCCGGGGAGGAGCACCUGGACAUGGAGGGGGCGUUCCGAGGGUUCACGUACGUGCACAAGGGGUCGUACAUGAGCCAGAACGUGGCUGCGGCGUUCAAGGAUAGCGGGUACUGA